UCUCUCUCGCGCGUUGACUACUGUCCUGUACCCUCCCACGCCGUGCUGUGGUGUCCUUUGCUGCUCUCGCUCCCUCCUUCUGCUUGCGCUCCGCUUGUCUGUUCUCCUGCGCCUGCAUUCGUUCGGUCGCCGUCGCAUGCCCCCCGACUCCGCCGCCAUAUUUUGUUUGAGCAGCACUCUACGCACCCACACGGCCGAGCCAGGAUCAGCCGCCAACACGAACUCGCACCCCCGUCUCUGGCAGAACUGCUGACGCGCAAAGAGUGCCCAACCAUACUCCCGACGCCCUUUACUCGGCAGGCCAGCAGACUCCACCUCCAGCGCUGCCUCUCGCUCCACCGCAUAUGCUGCUCCACGCGCUGCUCGUGCAAUAGUGUGCUCGUCGAAUACCUUUGAGGUCUGCAGGACAGCAGGUCACUUCGACUCUCUAAAGCAGCAGCUUCAUCCGCGGUGAAGAAAACAAAGCCCGGCCACCAUCAAAUUUACCAUCGCACACCGAUACGGCCCGUCCGCGACGCACCACCACCAUAUAUACAUCUUAUCCGUGUACCACUUCCACCAUGUCGAACAUCAUCGGCAACCGCAACAGCACUCCCGAGACCUCGUCCUCCUCCCUCGGCGGCUCUACCCUUCGCCCACCACGCACUCUCCAGACCGCAGGACACCACCUGCGUGCCUCCGCCGACAUGGGCGCCUUCUCCGCGACAUCGCCACUCGCUACCAGAGGCAUCCGGCCUGCCUCGGAAGUAUAUUACAACCAGUUCAACCAGGGCGGCAGCUCCGCCAACCCAGACGAAGUUGCUGAAAAAGCGGCUCAGCAGUGGAUUGCAGAUAUCGAUCAGUAUGAGACAACGCUCGAGGAGAUGGCUGCUGCCACCCUCGAUCAAGACUUCAAGGACGAGCUGAGUGCUAUCGAGCAGUGGUUCCGUGUGCUUAGCGAGCCUGAGCGCACGGCAGCUCUAUAUGCCUUGCUCCAACAAACUACACAGGUGCAGAUCCGCUUUUUCAUCCAGGUCUUGCAGCAGAUGGCCAAGAGUCAUCCUAUGUCCGGCGUCCUGUCGCCUGCCGCAUUCAACGAGAAGGAUCCAAUGUCGUCGAGGAUGAACGAUGCUAUGAAUAAGCUUAAUGUUGAGGGUUCACGCGGAUCUUUCGGAUUUGGCAGCAAGCCACCUCCUUCGCCAGGCGCUAAGCGCAUGUCUGGCCUUGAUCCUAACACGAUCAAGUCUAUGUUUCCGGAUGCUGCGAAUGCUAUUGAGGACCAGAAGGCAGAAUUCCAGAAGACGACGGGCAGUGCCCCAAAGAGCAACAGGAACAGUGCGGUCGGAGACCGAUCUUCUCAGUAUAUGCCAACCAUCUCAGCGCCAGAAGAGGAGAGCAAGAAGAACGGCACAUCAGGCAUUCCAUCAGGUCCGUGGAGAAACACAAGUGGCUCGCAAGGCGAGAAUCAGCCUCCUAUCGGUAGGCCGAAGUCCUCCUCGAGCCAACAGCAGCAGCCACAGCAAAGUGGUCAGACCCCAAUGGGACAGUUUGGAGUGAGCCAAGCGCCACCACCAUCCGCAGGUCUGCGUUCUGGUAGGGCGUUCCCCAUCUCUGGUGAUAACAACAUUCAGUCUCAGACUGCUAGCCAGCUCGGACACACUGCCGAUGGUAUGCCAAUUCUCUCGCCAUAUGCCCCUGGCGCAAGCUGGGCGUCCAUGACCAACACUCCUAUGGUUUCCAACUUUAGCCAUCAGCAAAGUGCGAACCAAGCCGACAUGGUCGCCAACGCCACUGCUAUGAAGCUUGCCGCCUUGUCUACUGUCAACAACCGCCUGCAGCUUGAUGAUCCGCGCAAGUACCGCCGCGCCAGGUCUUCCGAGGGACAGAAUGGACAGAUGCCACUGUCGCCUGGUCUCCAAGGGGGCCAAGUGCCUGCAUCGAUCAUGAUGAGCAGCGACAUGGGCCAGUCUCUGACUCCACAACAGGCUGCUGCUUUGCAACAACACCAGAUCAACACUAUCCUGCAGAACCAGCGCUCGCGCCCAUCGUCUCCUGGCAUCGCCAUUACUGGCCCACACGGAGCCAACGCGGGCAUGAACAUGGCUGGCUUGCAGAGCAACGGCUUCCUUGCAGCUUACGAUAACGGCAUGGGCCAGCUUAACGCCAACAUGGCUGGCAUGAACCUGGGUAACUUUGCCAUGGGCAAUUUUGGCAAUGAAGGCUAUCUGUCUGAUGCCAGCGAGAUCAACCGAGGACGAUCUCCGCGAGGUCGACGUGGUAGCUCGAAGCCACCGGAGGAUCCCACCGAUCUUGCACUGCUGCGCGACAUUCCAAACUGGCUUCGCACACUCCGACUCCACAAGUAUACUGAUAACCUUAAGGAUAUGAACUGGCAGGAUCUGGUGAAGUUGGAUGAGGAGGGUCUGGAGAAGAAGGGUGUUGCGGCCAAGGGUGCACGCACGAAGCUUCUCAAGGUCUUUGAACAGGUGCAGCAGGCGCAGCAAGAAGGCCGACUGUAGAACAGUUCGCGUGCAAUUCGAGCAUCUUGCUGGCGUGCGACGUCACCCUACGCGAUGAGGCUGAGUCCCAUCUACCGGCGCCAACCACUGGUCUAGACGACGAGUGACUGGGCAGUGAAGAAGCGCGAUCGAGAGUUCGUCUGCAAGAGUGAUCCGCCGCAUUGGGUCAUCGUCAGGUGUGUACGCAGGGGCAUUCUGCUGUUAGAGUGCGAUUUGGAGUGCCGUGGAGCUCAACUACUUCUAGCGUUGUGUUACUACGGACUACUAAUGAUGAGGGAAACGGCAACGGAAAAUUUGGAGUCUGCAUGGCGCGGUAGAGGAGUUUGCUUCUUUCACGCUUUCUUCGCAUGCGAAACGAGGGAUGGAAAAGAAGAAAUGUCGGUAAUAGGAUCUAUUCUGCGAGAGACUCGUUGACUCUGGCAGGCACCUCCAAAAGAAAUACUGUACUGUACGUUCUGCACUUGCAUUUG